ACAUUAGCUCAAAGCCAUUGAGAACGUAGCCUGCUUGACACGCUUCAAGUAACGCUAUAUUGACACAACAUCAUUAGAUUUCUAAACUAGAAGGAGCCAUGCCGAAAGAAGAUCCUGAAGCUACAGCCCUCAAGAAGGAAUUGACUGAUUUAAUUGCUAAAGUUAAGGCAGAGCAAGAAAAAGUAGCGGAUGCAAAGCUAGCAGAAAAAUGUGGAGAUAUGGGAGAUGUCUCAAAGAUAAGACUAACGACAAAAAAAACGUUGAAAGGGCAUAUCAAUAAAGUAAACUCCGUGCACUAUAGCGGUGAUUCAAGACAUUGUGUCACGGGUUCGUUGGAUGGGAAACUUAUUAUCUGGGACACGUGGAGUGGCAACAAGGUUCAGGUCAUCCCAUUGCGUUCCGCUUGGGUCAUGAGUGUGGCCUUUGCACCUUCUGGAAACUUUGUGGCUUGUGGUGGUAUGGAUAAUAUGUGCACCGUAUAUGAUGUGAACAAUCGUGACUCCACUGGAGCGGCUAAAAUGGUGCGUGAGCUAGCUGGUUACGAAGGUUUCCUCAGCAGUUGCCGCUUCCUCGACGAUACACAUAUUCUAACUGGAUCGGGUGAUAUGAAGAUAUGCAUUUGGGAUCUAGAAGCUGGAAAAAGGAAUAUGGAAUUUGAUGCUCACGCUGGCGAUGUUGUCAGUAUUUCUUUAGCACCAGAUAUGAAAACGUAUGUGACUGGAUCAGUAGAUAAGACUUGUAAGUUGUGGGAUGUUCGAGAAGACAAAGCGAAGCAAACAUUUUUCGGACAUGAUGCUGAUGUCAACAGCGUUUGCUACCACAACAGUGGACAAGCGUUUGCGACUGCAUCCGAGGACAAGACUGCAAGGCUUUUUGACAUUCGCAGUGACCAGCAGCUUGGACAUUACACGCCGCCCGGCAACAGCGGAUUCACUAGUUGUGGUCUAUCUCUAAGUGGGAGAUACCUGCUAGCUGGUUCGGAUGACAACGCAAUACAUUCCUGGGAUACACUCAAAGUCACUCAUACUGGAACACUGAAUGCUCAUGAAAAUCGAGUGACGUCGAUUUCAUUCGCACCGAAUGGCAUCGCUCUUGCGAGCUGCUCAUGGGACCAGAGCGUCAAGGUUUGGGGCUGAAUACUACGGUUAAACAGGACUGUCUCUCAAUUGUCUAACGAUUUUUUUUAAUAAUAAUUAUAGGUAAUAUAUAGAAAAUGCCUAGAUUAACAGACAAAGACAUUUUAAAGUAUACAAAUGCUUAUAUUGUGUCAGGGUUGGCAACAUUAUUUUCAUAUUUUCCUCAUAUAUAUAGAAAUAUAAUUAAUCUGAAGCAUUGGAUUGGAUGCUGAAAUUGUGCCUUAUAUAAGGUAAAGGAGCGUUACUUAAUUACAUAGGGUUGCACAGUAAAUCUCACAUCAGAAUUUUGUUUUUAUUUCUCUGAAGUGAAAAAAUACAUCAAUAAUAUCAAAUAAACUAUUUAAAAUCCCACAAAAAGGGGAAUGGAGUCAUGAUACCUGAUAUGUUGUAGGGUGAAAUUUAAAAAGGAAUAGAAGGAAGGGAGGAGGCCGAAUUUUUUAAAAUAGUACCUCACGUAAUUUUUGUGUGUCGUCUAAAAUAAUAGCCAAAGUAAUGAAUAUUUAAAAUGGCAGCAAAAAAUUCGCUCCUGUAUUCAGAUUUACUUACAUUUUAAAACCUCACCUACUGAAUGUCAUAAAAUACCAGACAAAAAAAUAAUUACCAAACCUUUAUCAUCAGUGAAUAUAUUUUAAUCCUUUACAUUCUUGUCACUAAUAUUAACUAAUUAAAAUUGUGUUUGAUAAA